UGUUAACAAAACUAAACAAAAAAAAUCUAACAAAAUGUUCAAAUUCUUUGCUUUGUGCUUGUUCGCUGUUGUUGCCUUGGCUGCCGCUAAACCCGGUAUUGUUGCUCCUUUGGCUUACUCUGCUCCCGUAGUAGCUGCUGCUCCCUACACCGCUGCCUACACUGCUCCCUACGCCGCCGCCUACACUGCUCCUUAUGCUGCCUAUUCUGCUUACUCUGCUUAUCCUUAUGUAGCAUCUCCUUACACUGCUGCCUACUCUGCUUAUCCUUAUGCUGCUUCUUAUGUUUUACGCAAAUAGAUUUAAUGUUUUAAAGAGGAAUUUGUUAAUCUUUAAUGUUAUUUGUUGAUUUUGAAAACGAAAAAAAAUAAAAAAUAUAAAUGAAAUACAGAAAAAAA